AUGACGCCUGUCGGAAGAAAAAGUGUUUUUCUUUGGCGAAUCAAACGGAAACCGCCAUCAUUCUUUUUUGGAACUAUUCACGUGCCUUAUACAGAAGUAUGGGACUACGUUAACCAGGCUGCUAAGCAGGCAUUUCGUCGCUCAGAUUCUGUGUUUUUCGAGCUGGAUCUGAACAAUCCAAAAACGUUGGAACGGCUAGCAAUGUGCCAAUACCUCCCUGAUGGCGAGAGGCUGAGCGAUCACCUACCCUUGGCCAUGUACGAGCAGCUGAAGGCUCACAUGGCUGAGAUCCGUCUCGCUUUGCCGCGCUGGAUUUCGGUCGACGACUCUGAGCCUGACCAGUCGAAGUCCUACGCGAUGCACUUGUUCGACACGAUUGCAGGCAAGCAUUUGCCACAGUGCCCACGGGACGAAAGACUUGACGUUAAAAACAGCAUCCACAGACGGGGUAUUCCUGUGCUGGACCUGUACCUGACGCAGGAGGCUGUGAUGAUGUCCAAGCCGACCGGGGCGAUAGAGACGGCCGAGGAGCAGUGCGAACCGCUGAAUUCUCUCAAAAAAGAGUUGGUAUUAUUCGCCCUCAACCGUUCUCUGCUAAGUCACGAGCUGAGCAUGCCGAUGAAGGGCACUGCUGUUUCGGACAACUCUGUGAAAACACGAAACCUGAUCGAGCAUUAUAUCUGUGGCAGUCUUGACGAAAGGAUCUUCGCCCAUGACUCACUACAGGUGACUCAAGUGGACAAGGCACGCGUGUUUGGUAUGAACAACGGUGAAAUCGACGAUUACUUCAGGCAGGAACUGAUCGACAAGCGUAACGUCCGGAUGGCCGAGCGUGUGCUCAAGUUGCUGGAAAGCCACCCUGAUAAAUCGUUCUUCUUUGCAUUCGGUGCGGGCCACUUUUUGGGUAAAAACAGUGUGAUUGACCUAGUCAAACAGUCCGGCUUUGAGGUGAGGCCUGUGAUCGUCCGACCUCCGUCGAAACAGAGGCAACAAACGCCUCGCAAGAAUCGCCUCAAGCAAACCCGGUUCAAGGAAAAUCAGAGACAUGGAUUCCCAAUGCUGCAGUUGAACGGUGAACACGGCUUCACGCCAAAACAGACUGUGACCCCUAUGCCGGCCAUUGAUCAGCGAAACUUCAAGCAGCUCUGGAUCAGGGUCAACGGAUUUUCACCUAGGCCGUGGCAGGAACUGCAAAUAGCAGCAGCGGACCCUCCACAAACUGUGCAGAACUACUUUCUCGUCCACUAUCACAACCACUUCAUGAAAAGUGCAGCCGUGUCAAACAAACUGUUUAACAUCUUGCCCCUACUUCUUUGCAUAUUCUUGAAUCUGGUGGCGUUCUUUGAGUAA